AUGUGGGAAUGGUGUCUGCAGAAUGCCACUGUUGAGGGGGUGCCAGGGAUACCACAUCUGCUCAAUACAGAUUGGUGGAUGGCUCACAACAGUUGGAUGAAUGGCACAUACAUCCAGGUCACUGUUGAGCAGGUGCCAGGGAUACUGCAUCCACUCAAUAUGGAUGGGUGGAUGGCUGGCAAUAGUCUGGUUAAUGCCACAUACAUCCAGGCUGCAGCUUGUGGGGUCUUGGUCACUCAGAUUAGCUCAGAUUCAUGCCAGAAUUGUGUCCAUGGAAAGCCACUGUUGAAUAGGCAGAAGGCUAGCAAUAGUCUGAUUAAUGGGAUAUACAUCCUGGGUGCAGCUUGUGAGGUCUGGGUCACUCAAAUCAGCUCCAAUCCAUGCCAGAAUGGUGUCCAUGUAAAGCCACUGUUGAAUGGGCAGAAGGCUGGCAAUAGUCUGAUUAAUGGGACAUACAUCCCAGGUACAGCUUGUGAGGUCUGGGUCACUCAAAUCAGCUCCAAUUCAUGCCAGAAUGGUGUCCAUGGAAAGCCACUGUUGAGUGGGUGCUGGGGAUGCCACAUCUGCUCAAUAUGGAUGGGUGGAUUUCUGGAAAUAGUCUGA